GGCGGCCUCGCGAGUCUAGUGAGAGUUUGCACCUGUGGUGGGGAAGGUCGGAAGCUCACACCCGAAGUCCUAGCGAGGGAAAGUUGCAUCCUGGUCUUGGAGGCGACAGCUUCCCCGAUUCCUCGGCGAUGGCGGCGUCCGGGAGCGGUAUGGCUCAGAAAACCUGGGAAUUGGCCAACAACAUGCAGGAAGCCCAAAGUAUCGAUGAAAUCUACAAAUACGACAAAAAACAGCAGCAAGAAAUCCUGGCGGCGAAGCCCUGGACUAAGGAUCACCAUUACUUUAAGUACUGCAAAAUUUCAGCAUUGGCGCUGCUGAAAAUGGUGAUGCACGCCAGAUCAGGAGGCAACUUGGAAGUGAUGGGCCUGAUGCUGGGGAAGGUGGACGGUGAGACCAUGAUCAUUAUGGACAGCUUCGCUUUGCCUGUGGAGGGCACUGAAACCCGAGUGAACGCGCAGGCUGCUGCUUACGAGUACAUGGCCGCAUACAUAGAGAACGCCAAGCAGGUUGGCCGCCUUGAAAAUGCAAUUGGCUGGUAUCAUAGCCACCCUGGCUAUGGAUGCUGGCUUUCUGGGAUUGAUGUUAGUACACAGAUGCUUAACCAGCAGUUCCAGGAACCAUUCGUAGCAGUGGUAAUUGACCCAACAAGAACCAUAUCCGCAGGAAAAGUGAAUCUUGGAGCCUUUAGGACAUACCCAAAGGCUUACAAACCUCCUGAUGAAGACCUUCCUGAGUACCAGACACCACUAUAAAAUAGAAACUUUGGUGUACAUUGCAAACAAUAUUAUGCCUUAGAAGUCUCAUAUUUCAAAUCCUCUUUGGAUCGCAAAUUACUUGAACUUUUAUGGAAUAAAUACUGGGUGAAUACGCUGAGUUCCUCUAGCUUGCUUACUAAUGCAGACUAUACCACUGGUCAGGUGUUCGAUUUGUCUGAAAAGUUAGAGCAGUCAGAAGCCCAGCUGGGACGAGGGAGUUUCAUGUUGGGUUUAGAAACACAUGACCGAAAGUCAGAAGAUAAACUUGCCAAAGCUACAAGAGACAGCUGUAAAACUACCAUAGAAGCCAUCCAUGGAUUGAUGUCUCAGGUUAUUAAGGAUAAACUGUUUAAUCAAAUUAACAUCUCUUAA